UCUCUUCCGUGCUGCUUUCAAAACUUGCUUCACUUCUCAUUCCCGUAAGUUCAUAUCUUUUCACCUUCCUUCAUAUGCAGUUAUGCACAAUUUACCAUUCACUUUUAUUUUCACUUUGUAAUCUAUCUUUAAUCUUAGAGUUAUUUCUGUAAAACCAUGGACAAAGAAAAAUAUAUAGUGACUGAGGAAGAAGAAGAAGAAGAUACUGAAGAAGUGGUUAUGUUGUCUGAUAGUGAAAACUCCAUUUGCAUUAAUCUCUCCACUGAGUCUAAAAAUUCUAUCUAUGAUUUGGGUUUUGGCUCUGUAGCCAAGUUUUAUCUUCGUAACAAAAUAGAACAAGUUUUGCAUGGUGAAACUGAGUAUCAAUGGGUGAAACCUGAGGUAUUCAAAUACAAAUCUGAAUAUUGUUCGGCAAAAUCCAUAGAACAUUUGAAGAACAAACUUGUUGGAGAAACAGCAACAGAAAAACAUGUUCUGUUUGAUUUCUGUGUGGAUUCAGAACGUGUUUGUUUUAGCAAAGAAAAAAAUGAAAGUUUAGACUUUUGUUAUUUCUAUGAAACAUUUUUUACAAGACUAGGAAUGAAACUUCCUUUAUCGAGAUUCGAGUGCGAGGUAUUGAACUGGUUGAAUGUAUCUCCGUCUCAGCUUCAUCCUAAUAGUUGGGCUUUCGUUCGUGCAUUCGAACGUGUACUUAUUUACUACGAUUUAGAACCGUCUGCUGCUUUGUUUUUCUGUUUUUUUCAGUUGAGGAUUGGAAAACAAGUUGGGUGGGUUUCGGUAAGUGGUAUUCCGGGUCGAAAAUUGUUGGAGAGCUUUGAUCAAUCUUAUAAGGGAUUUAAAACUAGGUUCUUUAAAAUUUGGGCUGUUCCGGGGGAACCUUGUUUUCUAUUGAAUAGUGAGGAUGGUAAGCCAUUGUUUCCUUUGUAUUGGUCUCAUGAUCCUCAACCUAUUAAAGAGGUUGAUGAAACUAGGCUUCCUCGUCGUGAGUUUUGUAUCGUUCAAUUUUUGAAGAUGUUACCUAUGUUAAGCACGGUUAAAAUAUUGGCUGCUCAAAAUGAUCCUAAUGCUAUGGAUGCUUACUUAAGUAGCAUGGCACCAAAAAUGUCCAAAAAACAGAUGGAGGAGCUCCUAGAAUCAUCCAAGAAAGAGGGCAUUAGCCAUGUGACUGCUAAUGUUGUCAAAGAGUUAUGUAAUAAGAACAUACCUGAGGCUAUCCCACUUCAAACUGUUUCUGUUGCCUUUGCUUCCACUUCUAAGGCUCCUACCAAUCCGACCUUGUGGGCGAAACAUCUAAGGGAGUUUAAUGAAGGUCCCGAGGACUCCUUAUGGAAUUUGUCCAUUGAUCGAUCUGAGAUUGUAGACGAGCAUAUAAUACGCCGUGCUGACGAAGCCAAAUUUGCUAGAGCUGGAGAUAUUGGUAUUUGCAAAGCACUAACUAGUCAUAAUCUAAGGACUAUUGCAAUGGUGCGACAUCUUGAGUCUGCGAUUAUUAAAAAGGAUGUUAGCAUCGAGACUUUAAAGAAUAAAGUAGCUAACUUAGAGAAAGAGUUAGCUGCUGAAAAAGAGAAGUUGGCCACUGCUUAUUCAAAGUUGAAAAAAGAGAAGAAUGAUUUGGCUGCAAAGUACAAAGCUGAGUCUCAUGGUUGGACUCAACUGAAGAAAAAAUUGGAGGAUGAUGUUGUUGACUAUCAACGAGGUUUUGCUGAACAGUAUAGGGAUGGUUUCGAAAAUGCCAUUUCUCAGAUUCGUAUUAUAGCUCCUAAUGUUGAUGUUUCUAAGGUUGAUAAGUAUAAAGUUGUUAGGGAUGGGAUGAUUGUUGAUGAAGAGGAAGAUGAGGAAACUUAGACAAGAAAAAAUCAAUGCUUUUAGUAGGUUGGAAAAUGUUUUGUUUUGAAGCUUACGGAGGGAUUAAACUAUUGAAAGAUGCAUUAAUGUUUUGUUUUGAAGCUUAGGGAGGGAUUGAUGGAUGCACUAAUGCUUUGUUUGGAUGUAUAAUAUGGUCAAAUAUUUUGUUACUUUUUUCGGACAUCUUUAGUUAAUUUCUUGUUGAAUGAAUGCAUCAUUUUACCUUGCAAUUGUUAUGCUUUGAUUUCUC